AUGAAUUACAAAACCCUGCUCACUCUCCUCUUCACCACCCUCCCACUCUCACAACCCACAUACGCUUCUGCAACCCCCUCCAACCCCUCUCUAUCCUUCCUCUAUACAGCUUACGUCCUCUGCUCACCCAGUAUCUACGAAUCCCAAAACCCAAACGGAAUCCAAAAAGCAAUUCCCAUCAUUGGAGGUAACUUCACCGGCCCGAGACUAAGCGGCAAGAUCCUUGAUCUAGGCGCCGAUUGGGGCUCCACGGAUCCCCAGACGGGUAUAUUCUCCGCGAACACGAGAUAUAACUUACAGACACACGAUGGAGCCAAUCUGUUUUUACAGACCUCUGGACCAGCGCAGGAGAAUGGGAAUUUGCAUUUGAAGAUCGAUAUAUUGACUGGGGAUAAGCGGUAUUAUUGGUUGAAUAAUAUUGUUGCUUUUGGAAUCUUGCAAAAUGUUGGAGAGAGUGAUGAGGGGGUUUCUACUCUACGGAUUGAUGCUUGGCAUAUGACGAACGAGUACAACUCAACUACUUUUGUGAAUGGCACUACUUACCAGUGA